CACACACAAUGGCGGGAAACCUUACAAUAACAACAACAAGGCCAAUCUCCUCCUCGCUUGUGAUUGAUUCAAAAGCUAAAGGGGAGUUAAUGAAAGAGAAUUGGCAUAUGCUGUAUAAGAUGCUUUGGGAAUUUUUGAUCUCAAUGCUAAUUGUUUCGACUUCGGCGUAUGGACUAAUAUUAUUCAACAAACUAUAUGCUUAUGUGCUUGCCCUCGGAACCGUGUUGGCCGCGAUUAGUGUUAUUCAGGGAGUCGGAAAAGCUUAUUUUACGUAUUUGCUACAUAUUGGACGUUUUGAUAUCUUGAGCGCAUGGAGUCGGAACACACUUGUCAGCUUAUUAUACGGCACUGUCUAUCGCGACGAUAUUCUCCAAACUAGACGACAUCGCUCGUCUCACGAUACCUCAACAGCAAAUAGAGCAAACUCAGUGGUGAUUAAUAUUGAUUCAGAUACAAAGAUAGAGUUGAUGAACGAGUAUUACAUUUAUAUGGACAUCCGGAUUGUGGUUUUCAUCGGGUCGAUAUUUCUCGCUCUCUCUAUGACUUUUCUCGUAAAAAAAUUUAAAAAACCGGAGGUUCUUCCUAUGGCUGUCGCUGCAGUUGUUAUGGCCACGGUUUGUUUUAUUCUCAUCGUCGAAAAAGUUAUUGUGAUGGUUUUACUCCAUAGUGGGUGCCAAAGCUGCGUGCGCGCGUGGAGUCGGAACAUGUUAGUCAGUUUAUUAUUCGACCAUAUCGAAGCCAACGCCAUUUUCGAACGUAUUCAAGAUAACGAAGCAUCACCAGCAGCGGUAGUUACACCUCAUCAUCAUGAUAAUCAUCUUCAAUUGGUGGUGUCCCAAUAG